UGUAUCUCCUUGUUUCAUAGCCGCUGAAGAAGAAUCGCGGAAGCGGGGGAAGGGUUCCUGACGGCUCAGCAGGCUAACCAACUCAUAAAGAUAAAUAUCUGCAUAACCAGCUGUUUAACUCGGGUUACAUAUAAGAUAGACACCCAAACCGAAGAAUCAAGAUGACAGCCGCACCUUAUAACUACUCCUACAUCUUCAAGUACAUCAUCAUCGGUGAUAUGGGAGUAGGGAAAUCUUGUCUGCUGCACCAGUUCACAGAGAAAAAAUUCAUGGCAGACUGUCCUCAUACAAUCGGGGUGGAGUUUGGGACGAGGAUCAUGGAGGUCCAUAGUCAGAAGGUGAAGCUGCAAAUCUGGGACACUGCUGGUCAGGAGCGCUUCAGAGCCGUCACCAGGUCGUACUACAGAGGCGCCGCUGGUGCCCUCAUGGUCUAUGACAUCACCAGGAGAAGUACCUACAAUCACCUAAGCAGCUGGUUGACAGAUGCCAGGAACCUGACCAACCCAAACACAGUGAUCAUUCUAAUUGGUAAUAAGGCUGAUCUGGAGUCUCAGAGAGACGUGACAUAUGAGGAGGCCAAGCAGUUCGCUGAGGAGAACGGUUUGCUGUUUCUAGAGGCCAGCGCUAAGACAGGGGAGAAUGUAGAGGAGGCUUUUCUGGAGGCAGCAAAGAGGAUCUACCAGAACAUCCAAGAUGGCAGCCUGGACCUAAACGCUGCUGAGUCAGGAGUCCAGCACAAACCAUCAGCGCCUCAGGGAGGACGCCUCAACGCCGACAGCCAGCUGGCUAAAGAAGGUUGCAGCUGCUAACCUCACACAGAGACAACAGACAGAUGGACAGACAGAGACAGUUAUGUAAACCGAGAUCCCCUCUCCUCCAGGCACUAACAUCAAUCUGCUAUUCAAAGUGCAUUAAAUAGGAUAUAACUGGAUUUCAUUUAACAUAGGAGACCACAGUUCAUUAUCAUUUAACAGUCCAGUCAAUCCCAUUUAAAUAUGGGUUGUCAAAGUUUGAUACCCUCAAGAGACAAUGUCUCCAGAAACAAAUAAAAAAAAAAUAAAGGUUUCAAAUUUGGACCAACUCACUGCCAAAAUUGGGGUCGCACCAAAAUGGUUUGCCUUUCUGCCAAAUCUGGAAUCAAGACUGCUUUCACACUACUUCCCAUGCUGCAGCUAGGCUGGCACACUCUAGUUUCAAAUCUGGCCAUUGCGAUAGAGAGUUGGUCAAACUAGGUCCAAAUUAAAAUUGCUUGAGCUGAAGAGUAGGCCAAGCAGUACUGUUCACAUUUUAGGACAUUGUUAAGUACAUCAAUCAUCAUUCCAAGAUAAGGCUACCCUGCAUAACACAGUCUGUCCUUGAUCUUGAACAAUCGAUAUUCCAGAUUAGCUCGUCCUUAAAUUCCUAAUAAUAUUUUACCAAACAUGAAAUACCUUCCAGUUACAGAGAAAUGUAGCUGUCUAAUUCAGACUGACCUACAGUCUAAAUAUGAUCUAAAGUCAUAUGAAGUUCAAACUGAACUACUUUGGACAAUAGGAGAGGGUUGUGCAAAUUUGAAACUACCUAAUUCCAAAAUAAAAACACCAUGUCCCAAUGACAAAGAUAACUGAGCAUGAAUUUGGACCUUCUGUCAAAGUCUGGACUGCUCCCCUAAAAUUUGGAUGAAGUUCCAACUCUGGAUAUUCCCAUGAACAGAUUCAGGGCCUCAUCUUAACCUGGACUGUUGCAUUCAGGGACCAUUUUUUCAUGGAUUUUAAAAUCUGAACCAAAUUUAGCUCUGGAUCUGUUGUCAUUGCAGAUGGUCCAAACGCACAGUUGAGAUUGAGUAAAUCGUCUGAAUCUACAGUGCCAGUCUGGUGCUGUAGAUUAGUAUUUGUCGUGUCUGUGUGAUAUGCCAUGAUUUGCUGUCAGUUGUAAUAGUUUUAAAAUCAAUGCUCUCAAAACCAUGAAUUCUGUCACAGAGUGGCCUGGAAUUCUGAACCUGCCUCUAGGAUUCCUCCUUCACUGAAAAACAUUUCUCCCUCAUGCCUCAUCUGAAGCUCUGCCCUCUGAGCUCCUUGCUGGAUUAUUUGGUUUGAUUGUUCCAUCAUUUGUUGAUUGGAAGACGCACUUUAACUGUUGUUUGUCAGAUGCACCUUAGGGGUGUUCCAGCUGUAUUUUUAAAUGUUUUUCAGCCGUCCAGUCACCUCAGAUGCAGGUUAAAGGGGCAAUCCACUGAUUUGUACAUGAGUAUUACUCAUCUUGUGGAGUUUUAUUUUUUAAGUCUACAAGAUUAUCCUGACUCUUUUACCUUACUGUACUGUCUAAUGGAAGGUUGGUCUAAUGGAUAAACUAUUCAAUUUGCUUCACAGAAAUUGCAGGAUCCAAGAUUUUAUGGUGCAUUCACACCAAAUGUGAAGCGAUUUGUCAAGUGGUGUUACAGAAAAUAACAACUGGCACCUUCUCAUCUGUGGCUAAUGUCAUAGCUCACUAUAUUCACAGUAAUGUGCAGCCACCUUGAUUUAAGUGACAAACAUUUUAAAAAUGUACUGGGUACUACAGCUUCCUCACUCACCAUGUUUGCCUGGUCUUUAUCAUUUUAGCACUGCAAAAUAAAUUGAGUUUGGAAAGAAAAGUUUAUGCAAAAUACGAAAAAUCUAAUCUGAAUCACUCAUAGUACAGUCUGGCCACAAACAAACCUUUAUUUUGCUGCUUCUGUGUAAACGACAGAUAUACAGACCAAGACCUCCAUUUUGCAAAUACUGUAAACUGUUUACAGUCUGACAAGACACUGAGUGAAACAGACAAAAUGACAUGCAGUUGAGAGAUGAUAUCGGUGACCUAAUGAAUCCGUGUAUCAUUUGUUUGUUCGUUUUUCAAAAUAAAACGAAACUUGAAAAAACAUAACAAACUGUUUAUUAGAUUUUCAAAAUAAAAUCCUAAAAAUGUAUAAUGUUUUUUCCAAUUUCCAAUCCACCAAACCCAAGUUACGUGAUCCAAAGGUUGCGUCGAUAUUCUCUCCUUCACGUUAAUUCAUCUCAAAUGGUUCAAACCAACCAGUCCUAUUUCUGGUUUUCAAAUUAAAGUCCUAUCGAAAGCGAUCACAACAUUUUUUAAAUUAUAUGUCAAAACAAUUAUAUAAUAGCGAUUACAUGUAAAUUAAUUAUGUCAAAUAAUACAUUGGUAAAAUGUAUUGUAGCUAUAAAUACUGUAAAUUGUAAAUAGUGGAUCUAUAGUUGUUUUUAUAUCAUCUGUCUUGUACAUUUAUUUACAUAUAUUAAUAUUCAUAAUUCCUUACCUAAUUUCUCUUUUACUUCUGUUUGUACCCUGUUGUGAGUUUUGGCUGCUGUAGUACUGCAGAUUACCCUGUGUGGGACAAAUAAGGUAAUGUCUUAUCUUGUAUAAAACACUUUUACUCUAAUGUAAUAUUCUUCGAUCUUUGAAGAGGUAAAGCAUCCAUCAUUUUUACAAGUAGUUUAUGGUUUCACUUUCAUUGGAAUAAGAACCCCUUGUACUUCAUACACAAGUAAUAUGAAGUACUUACUGUGUAGUUUUAAAGUAAUCCAGGGUCAAAAUUCCCUUUGUAACAAAAAUAAGGUGGACGAUUAACCUAAUUUGUGUUGCUAAAAGUGAAUUUACAAGAGGUACUGAGUCUAAGGAAAGUGAAUCAUAAACUACUUAUAGAAAUUAUGGAUGUUAUACCUCUUCCAAAGAUCGAUGAAUAUAACUUACAUUAUAUGACAAGAUAAAACAUUACUUUAUUUGUGCUACACAGGGAAAUUUGCAGUAUUACAGCAGCCAAAAAUCACAAGGUAGAAAUAGAAUAUAUUACAUAAAUGAUAUAAUAAAUAAAGACUAUAUACAGUAUAUACAAUACAUUUAACCUUUAAUUGAUUGAUGAUGUUUGACAUAAUUUAACACUUCUUUUCAGUACGUUGUGUUUGCUUGCGAUGUAAAGGAGAGAAUACCGGCACAUUUUACAUUUAGGAGCAGCUGAUUUGACCACAGAAAGCCUCACUUGACUGCAGUCGUUUAAAUGUUAUUGAUCGUGGAUGUUCAAAUAUGUCUGUCAAAUCUUUCUAACUUAUUACAAUACAUGUCAUUUAGCAGACGCUUUUAUCCAAAGCGACUUACAAGGUAAUUGAGUACAAUCAGCCAGGGGUGGAAUCGAACUUGCGACCAUGAUGUCUUUGGCACACAGGGUACUGGUCUUAGCCACUGAGCCACUCCCCCCGUUUAUGACAGACAGAUACUUUCUCUGUGCUCAUGUCUUCUGGUUUCAGAGUUUCCCUCCCAUCGUCGUGUGAAGCUCCCCUGUCAAAGGUCACUUUCGGGUUGCGUUAGAUGGAAAUCCUUUUUUUUUUUUUUUUCAUUUUUCAUUAGAGCACAAUAUCGGAAAUGAAAUGGAAAAAGUCAUUAUCUGUUUUUUCAUUUAUUAUGAACGCCAAAUUAACAUUUCUUUAACUGUUUUCCAUUUCCUUUUGAAAAACUAAUGAAUGAAUGAAACACGGAUUCUGUUGUUUCCAAAGGUUUCCGCUUUCCACGAUGAAGUGCAGGGAAAGCACUUCAUCUUAGUAGAUCUUAGUAAAACUAUGGGGGUUCUUAAGCGUGCACUUUUCCUUGUUUUCACUCCGUGAUCCGUCUCAACCUCUGUGUGUUUAAGACGCUUUAGUGCUGCAAUUAAUGGAAUAAGGUCUGCCACAGAAGCAUCAGAUAAGCUGAUCUCUUUAACUGCUCAAAGGGGGCGAGAAGAGAGAGAAUGUUCACUGGUGUGAAGUGAAUGUUGCGGGGAGUUCAUAAUCUGCAUUGUAAAUUUCGCUUUUGCGCAAAGAGGCUUUCCAGCACUUAAUAGUUGCUGUUCCACCGUGUACUCACAUUGUUAUUGUUGGAACCCUUUUAUUGGUGUUCCAAACUGAUCUUGGACAGACUUUAAGCGGGAAUACACAGGCGUGUGCUGACCAUAUUUUUUGCAUGCAUCGUCAAAACAUCCUGUUUCGGUCGUGUUAUUUCGGCCGAAAACCAAAAAUGCCUUUUUUGGCCAUUUUCGGCAGCUGAAUUUUUGUUGCAUCUCUAGAAAAGUCUGUUUGUUUUUUGUUGUUUCGAAAAACGAUGUUUCAGCAAAACGGGUUAAACUUGCGUUGUUCUUUAUCGGCUGAGAAAGUUAACUUUGAGGAUACUAAAGUGUGGACCAACUUCCAGUUUUCAAAAUAAAACGUGGGUAAUUGAAAGGCAAUAACAAGCUUAGUCAAUAAGAUCCAAUAAGAAAUAAAUGCAAUAUUUUUUUCAUUGAAUAAAAAAGUGAGUAGUAUUACAAUGGAAUAAAAUGUACCUUAACCAGCCACUGUAGUAAUAUUAUCCUGCCCUGAUUUUCAGUCACAUGACCUGGAAGCUAUUGAGCUAAUUCCAUUCUAAUAUUUUUCAUAUUUUUAAUCAGUUUUUUAACGUAAAUGUUAGCAUUUUGAGCCAUAGCAGAACUCGUUUUUUAGUUUAGGGCUGAAAUAAAUGAUUGAACAGAUGAGGAUGAUACACGGAUCAUGCAGAUACACUAAAGAGACGUUAAUUUAUGGAUUUUACAGGGUGAUGUUGGUUUAAAGCGCAAUGAUUCAGGAUUUUUACCCGAAUUAAACGCCAUUAAAUGGUUAAAUGUCUUGUUGUGGGGAGAUAGGGGGCUCUCUGCUCCUCUUUCCGACUGUUACUGGAAAAUCACCCUUGCAAGACCAGGGGCACCCACCCAGAUUUCUCAGAAUCAGGAGGUCUAGCGAGAAUCACAUAUUGCUUCAUUGCACGACACACACACACACACACACCUUCUAGCCAGGUAACGUCUAUAAGGUUAAGGCAGAGAUAAUGUUAUUUUAGGUGUUCAUUAUGGCAGAGCCAGUGAAAUCGAAGUGGAGAAAACCGUCUGACCGAGUGAGUAUCAGACUGGCUUUUUUUUUUUUUUCAAAUGGCGAGAAUUGAAACACAGAAGCAUGCAAAACGGGUGCUGACAUGGACAUGACUCUACGGGUUGUGUUUGCCGGCUCUGUUGAAAACAAAUGCACAUGGCCAGGAGAGAGAAAGGGAGGGGGAAGCAUAAGCGGUGAGUUUUUAUGACCAUGAGGAUGAAGGAUGUAUGUUUACGGUGGUGUUGUAAAAAUAUGUAUUCUGAAACUGUAGGAGGAGCUUCAUAGAGAAUAAGGCAAUAAAUGUCUGUAUUUAUACAGGGUGUCAUGGGGGUUUAGUCUCGUCUGAUCUAGGAGCCCCCCCCCCACCCACCUUACAUUUGCUUAGGGCCCUCAAACUCCUUCGGAAUGCCCAAGGGCAUUUCUGUUUUCCACUUCUCUUUUUCUUCAAAUGGUCCAUUUAUCUGUGAGCAACUAAAGCCUGCUUGAUCUGCUAAAUAUGUUUUUGUGGUUGAUGUUUAUUUUUUUCUUUUAAAAAUGUUCAAAAGUGCUUCAGUUGAUCUUGUCACUUAAAGGAACGGCACUAAUUGAUAGAUGCAUAAAUAUAUUUAAACCAAAUACUGUUGGAUGCAGAUUUAACCUGAUUCAUCUUGUUCCCACUCACGGAUUAAAGUCAGAUUUACACAUUACACAAAAUCAAACUCCUGUCCAGAGUCUAGUUGAAUGUCGGUGAAGGAUUGAAAGAUUUCAAAAAGAAGCAAGAAGUGUUUUUUUUUUUUUCUUAUGAUAAAUGCAUUUGUUUUCAGUAAAAGAAUAUUUUUGAACUCAAAAAAUAUAAUGUGCAUCUUUAUAUUAUUAAUAACUUGUUAGUCAAGUUUUGAUUUUCACAAUUUGGAGGUAAAGAAAUUGUGACACAGAAACAGAUAUUCUGAAGUGCAGUUGCAUGAGCUACAGCACCCCCUGCAUUGACAACCAGUAUGAGACAUGGAGACAAGGGCCCUUUCUCAAUACUCAAGUAUGCAAGGAUGUACUUGUGUACUUGGGAAGUACAUACUUGAGAAGUACGCCUGUAGUACAUACUAAUGUACACAAGUAUGAUUCUUCAAUUGGAACAGCAGCGUACUUCCUUGUUCUACUGUUUGAAUGGCGGGUGGCGCCAAUUGCUUAAGCCACCUAGUGUUGAUAAAUGAACAUAUGAAAUACUUAAGAAAUGCAUAUAUAUAUUGUUAUUAUUUUCACAUUUUAAAUAUUUAACUUACAGUACAAUGUGGGCCACACGGUGGUUUAGUGGUUAGCACUCUCGCCUUGCAGCGAGAAGACCCGGGUUCGAGCCCCGGUUGGAACAAGGGCCUUUCUGCAUGGAGUUUGCAUGUUCUCCCCGUGUGUGCGUGGGUUCUCUCCGGGUACUCCGGCUUCCUCCCGCAGUCCAAAAAACAUGCAAUGUGGGGAUAGGUAAAUUGAACACUCUAAAUUGACCAUAGGAGUGAGUGUGAGAGUGAAUGGUUGUUUGUCUCUAUCUGUGUGUGGCCCUGCGAUGGACUGGCGAACUGUCCAGGGUGUACCCCGCCUAUCGCCCGAUGUAGCUGAGAUUGGCACAGCACCCCCCGCGACCCUCUGGCAGAGGAUAAAGCGGUAGAUGAUGACUGACUGACUGACAGUACAAUGUGGAAAAUAGAUAUAUUACAGCAUUGUAGAGUAGUGUGUGUGUGUGUGUGUAUAUAUAUAUAUACACACACACACACACAUACAUAUGUGCAGUGGGGCAAAAAAGUAUUUAGUCAGCCACCAAUUGUGUAAGUUCUCCCACUUAAAAUGAUGACAGAGGUCUGUAAUUCUCAUCAUAGUUACACUGUGAGAGACAGAAUAUGAAAAUGAACUCCCACUAUGAAGCAUGGGAGUGGAAACAUCAUGCUUUGGGGAUGUUUUUCUGCAAAGGGGACAGGACGACUGAUCCCUGUUAAGGAAAGAAUGAAUGGGGCCAUGUAUCGUGGGAUUUUGAGCCAAAACCUCAUUCCAUCAGUGAGAGCAUUGUAUUGAGACCACAUACUUAUUUUCCACCAUAAUUUACAAAUAAAUUCUUUAAAAAUCCUACAAUGUGAUUUCCAGGAUUUUUUCACAUUCUGUCUCUCACAGUUGAAGUGUACCUAUGAUGAAAAUUACAGACCUCUGUCAUCAUUUUAAGUGGGAGAACUUGCACAAUCGGUGGCUGACUGAAUACUUUUUUGCCCCACUGUAUAUAUAUACAUAUACACAUACAUAUACACUGCCUGGCCAAAAAAAAAGGGUCACAUCGUUGGACCGCCUUUAGCUUACGGCACUCAUUCACUGUGGCAUUGUUUCCAUAAGCUACUGCAAUGUCACAAGAUUUAUUUCCGUCCAGUGUUGCAUUCAUUUUUCACCAAGAUCUUGUAUUGAUGAUGGGAGAGUCGGGCCACUGAGCAAAGCCUUCUCCAGCACAUCCCAAAGAUUCUGAACCAUUCUUUCACAAUUUGAGCCUGAUGAAUCCUGGCAUUGUCAUCUUGGAAUAUGCCCAUGUCAUCAGGGAAGAAAAAGAUGCAUUGAUGGAAUAAUCUGGUCAUUCAUUAUAUUCAGGUAGUCAGCUGACCUCAUUCUUUGGCCACAUAAUGUUGCUGAACCUAGACCUGACCAACUGCAGCAACCCCUUACCUAUUUGCUUAGUUGAAUCCAGGUGGCAACUUUUUUUUAAGCCAGGCAGUGUAUGUAUAUAUUAUAUUUAAAUACAGAUGCAAUGACCGUGCGACUUUAAUAUAAAUCUAAACUUCAAAAUUAAAAUUAAUAAAACAUUAAUAAUAUACAAACUUUCAAACUCACGUCAAAACAUUUACAUUAAAAACAAAAUAACACGUCAACAACAAAUUUAUGGAUCACACCAAGCAUCUAAUGACAGAGACGUCGGAGCCAGCGGAUCAUUUCAUCAGGACAGACCAAGGUAGCGCUGCUCUGCGCCGGACACUGUGGCCGUUUCUCAAUAUCCAUACUUGUGCAUACUUGUGUGUACUUGCAUACUCCCGUACUUGUGAAAACGUCAUCAGUCUCAGUCAGAGUUCUGUUCCAAUUCUCAAGUAAGCAAACAGCGAGGACGGUUCUCAAACCCGGAAGUGUUCUCGCUCCGCCCAUUUUGACCAAGUAUGCAUCGGAGGUGACUUAAGCGUACUUGGGAUGGCCAUGUAUCCCAGAAUACAUUUCGGCGGAGCAUAGCAGCAGAUAAUAGAAAUAUAAAUCUGAAAUAAAUAUUUUUCUGUGUCCCGGAACAAAGUUUUAAGAUCAUUUGAGGCGAGAAAUGAGUCAUUUAGAAUUUAAACAUGUGGUUUGUGUAUGAAGAUAUGACGUAUUUAUAGUUUAGCAGCAACGUUUGUCGGAGGUGAUCGGUGGACGCUCGACGCUCACUGUGCCCGGCACAGAGCAGCGUUACCUCGGCCUGUCCUGAUGAAAUGAUCCGCUGGCUCAGACGUCGCUGUCAUUAGAUGCUCAGUGUGAUCCAUAGAUUUGUUGUUGACGUGUUAUUUUGUUUUUAAUGGAAACGACAGUUUGAAAGUUUGUAUAUUAUUAAUGUUUAUUUUAUUUACUUUGAAUUAGAUAUGUAGAGUAGUAUAUAUUUGUACAAGUCAUAUAUAUAUAUAUAUAUAUAAUAAAUUAAGUUAAAUAUUUAAAAUGUGAAAAUAAUAACAACAUAUAUAUGCAUUUAUUAAAAGUAUUUCAUAUGUUCAUUUAUCAACACUGUAGGUGGCGCUAAUGAGGCUGCAGCACUUGGCGCCAGCCACCAUUCAAACAGAAGAACAAUACAUACAUACUUGCAUACUUGAGUAUUGAGAAACAACCACAUACUUGUGUACUCCCGUACUUGGCAAGUAUAUACUCCCAGCGUACUUUUCAAGUAUAUACUUCCCAAGUAAGCAAGUACAUACUUGCUUACUUGAGUAUUGAGAAACGGCCUGUGAGUGUAGAGUGUCCGCAGAGGCGGAGCUGAUCACCUCCGACAAACUAUAAAUACGUCAUAUCUUAAUACACAAACCACAUGUUUGAAUUCUAAAUGACUAAUUUCUAGCCUCAAAUUAUCUUAAAACUUUGUUCCUGGGCACAGAAAAAUAUUUAUUUCAGAUUUAUAUUCAUAUAUUCGAACACAUCCGGGUUUGAGAACCACACUCGCUGGUCACGGACUUGAGAAUUGGAACAGAACUUGGACUGAGGCUGAUGACGUAUGGGAGUACGCAAGUACAGACAAGUACGCACAAGUAUGGAUAUUGAGAAACGGCCAAUCUCUUACUGAAAACAUGGCUGCCAGUGUGGGCAUGGAAAAACACCUUUUAGCCACUUAACAAAAGUCUGUCUAAAUUGUAACUUAAGAAUAUGUUCAAUGCUGCAUCUUACUGUUAGACAAACUUUUCUAACUGGAAAGUGAUGUUAGUGAAAAUAACACAUUUUAACUUAAUAAUGAAGGCAACAGUUGUGUGAAAUUGAUGGUUUGAUCUAUAGACUUUGGUGCAGGGAGAGUGAGCGGUUAGAAAGAGAUUUUGAGGCAAGUUUUAAGUCACAAGGUUGGUGAUGCAAUCACUUUAUGGCAAUUGAAAAAAAGCAUUUCAUGGCCUUUAAGUGUAUUCCAAAAAGUGCAAAGGACUGGAUGAGGUAUAAUUAGUCAAACAUUACCCGCAUAAGUGAAACCAAGUGAUUUUGAAUAAGAAAAGACAACAAGGUCACAGCUGCAAUCACUCUUUGGCAAGUGGCAAUGAACAUUUUAUCAUUUGUACUGGCCCUUUUACUGCAUUCCAACAAUUACAAAGGACUGGAUGAGGUUGUUGGAAUGCAGUAGCCUUAUGAAAAACUUUAUGUCACAAGUUAGGAGGUGCAGUCACUUUUUUGGAAAUGCAAAUAAGCAUUCCAUGGGUUGUGCUGGCAAUUUAAAGUUAUGAAUGAAUGGGUGAGGAUUAAUCUGUCAAAUAUUAGCCUAUGGAAGUAAAUGUGUGCUAUCUGAGUUUGAAUUUGAAUUUUUAACACAGAUUUUUUUUUUUCUAUCGAAAUUAGACUUUGAAUUUUAAAACAUCAAAUUUUAAGCACCGAAUUUUUUUUUGCUUUCGAUUUUUUUUCAAUAUUGAAAUAAAUUCAGUUGCAAAAAGUUCGAGUAGGUCUAACUGCAGACUCGCAGACCACUACACGACACCUCCCCCCACUACAUGACACACCCCCUCACACUACACGACACGCCUACUCAAUACUGAUUGGGUCGCAGAACGGAUCACAUCUGAAACGUGAUAUGGUUUACUUUUAUUGAAACUUUAUUUACACACGCACAUGGACACUCAUUUACAAGAGACUUUUACCCCGGUAUGCGACAGUAAUAGAGAAGAAUAUAAUACUGGUGUUGACUUUUAUGAACACAGAAAUGUAUUUUGUAUGCAAUUUGUGAAUAAUUAAAGUCACUUUGUAAACUAUUAAA